AUGUUUUAUACAGUUAGAAGAAUCUUUGUUAUAUUGGAUUGGGUACGAGAUGUGUGGUUCAACAAAACCCUGCCAUUAAAUGCAGGAAUUAAGGAUGUUGGAUGGUAUUGGUUUGGGAGAAUCCUAGCGAUAGCUAAUCUGGGUUAUUUCUCAAUCAAUCUGUUUGGAUUUUUGAUUCCACGGUUUAUUCCAAGAGCAUUCGAGCAGUAUUUCAAGGAAAGAAACGAGGUACACGAGAAGUCGUCGGUGAAGGACUUGAGAUCCAAGUAUCCAACACCCACAGGAAUCAGGAUGUGGGCUGCAAGAGACCAUCUACAGUCGGAGAAAUCUGAUUAA